AUGCGGAGCCUAUAUAGGAUAUUUGCGCGUCGCCGGCCGGCAUCACCAUCUCAGCCCACACCUUUCAGCGCCGAACCAGUCAUCCGCCCGACCAGGACGAGUCUGUCAGAUGCCCCCGAAGCUCACCACAAUGAACCUGCCACUGGCUUCGGCGAUAUCUACGGGUCAUUAACACCCCGACAGAUCAGCGUGAUCACCAUCGGAUCAGCGAUUGGAACUGGUUUGAUGAUUGGAACGGGAAGAGCGUUGUCCAUGAGCGGAGUAAGUGAUAUGCCCGAGGACACGAACAGAGAUAUUGACCGGAAACAGCCCGCAGCCAUAAUCAUUUCAUAUACCAUCGUCGGAUUCGCCGUCUUCCUCGUUCUCUCCGCAUUGGGCGAGGUCGCUUCAUGGCUGCCGAAGCCAUAUACAGUAGCCGACCAGGCUGUUCGAUUCUGUGAUCCGGCACUUGGGUUCAGCUUGGGUUGGAUCUUCUGGUUGAAAUACGCCCUCGUCACGCCGAACCAGCUCACUGCUGCGGCACUUGUCGUCUCUUACUGGGUCGAUGCUGAGCGAGUCAAUCCCGGAGCAUGGAUUACGAUCUUCCUUUCGAUUAUCGUGACGAUGAACUGUAUCAGCCAUCAGUUCCCCAGUCGGAUUGAGUUCUAUGUCUCUUCGUUCAAAUUGGUUGUCAUGCUUGGACUCAUGAUUCUGUCUACGGUUAUUGCGCUGGGUGGAGGGCCGGAUCAUGAUCGCAGAGGGUUUCGGUAUUGGUCGGAUCCUGGUCCUUUUGGCGCUCAUCACAAUCAUCCGCAUGGGUUGCUUGAGAAGUUCUACAUCACUUGUUCGACUAUGUCUUCGGCUACAUUUGCUUACAUUGGGAGUGAGAGAUCGGGCAUCUGUCACUUUCCGAAUGUUCAAAAGGCCACAUCGCGCGCGAUCAAGAAUACCUUCUAUCGAAUCAUGGUGUUCCAUCUUCUCGCCAUUACUCUUCUCGGUAUGAUUGUUCCUCAAGACUCGGUUUCGGUCGCCUUCAACAGUGAGGCAAACCAUGAAGCUGCGGCGUCGGCUUUCGUCGCUGCUCUAUACUUGGCCGGGAUCUCAGUGCUACCCGAUCUGCUCAAUGCAUGCAUUCUGUUAUUCAUCUUGUCCAUCGCAGACUACGAUCUUUACUUGGCAACCAAAGCAAUGUGCGAUCUGUCACUCAAACGCCGUGCACCUGCAUUCCUGUCACGUACCACUAGUCGCGGCGUUCCGAUCUACUCAUUGGGAGUGUGUUCGUCAAUGGCUACACUCGCAUAUCUCAAUGUCCGGCAGGACUCGACGGUCGUCUUCGGGUAUUUCGUAGACAUGGUCACAAUGCUUGGCCUUCUGACAUGGAUUUCCAUCUUGGUCACUCACAUCUCAUUUGUGCGUGCACGCACGGCCCAAGGAAUUCCUGAUAAGACUCUGGCUUUCAGGGCUCGCUUUGGCUUGCCAGGUACAUGUCUAGCGCUUGUGCUCUGUCUUUUCAUCGCUGUCACAAUAGUCUUUGAUUCGUUUGGCUACGAGGCUGGUGCCCGGAAACUGGAUAUCGGGUCAUUUGUCGCCUCCUAUAUUAGUAUUCCUUUUUAUGUCAUCUUGCUUAUCGGUUACAAGGUGGCUGUCGUCAACAGUAAGCGUGUCCUCCCCAUGGAAGCGGAUUUGUGGACAGACAAGAACGAGCCUGAACAUGAGAGCUUGGAAGGGAAUUGA